AAUUGCUCAUUUUUAGCGCCAUGACAGAGCACAGGUGUUUUUAAUUGCAGGACGUCCGGUGAUGAAGACGGCGACAACAGAACCUAACGGCCCCGUUUGACCGCCAAUAAAAUCUUUAAAACUAAGCUUUAUAUAUAUAUACAAAAAAAAAUAGCACAACAAUGACUUUAAACAACUGUAAGCUCGCUGUUCUUCUCUUGCUGCUCCUUGGCUUCCUAUACCACCAAGUUAGAGGAAUCUGCGACGUGGAGCUUUGCGCCACCAACCCAGAAAGAUGUGCCCUGUCCAAAGACAAGAGCACCUGCAAGUGUCUCGAAGGAUUUUAUGACGACCACUGUGACAAAGAUGCACACAUCAAAGUCUUGUGCACUGAAAAGUACAUGGGAGUCAGAGCCCGUGAAGAGUUCUUCAUGUAUUACAACACGCCGGUCACGUCUUUGCACCUGCCCAAUAGAUCGUGCAAAGCAUAUAGGGAAGUUAUCAACAAGGUUCCGUACUACAUGGUCAAGAUCGCAAAAAAGGAAUACAUCAGCUGUGGAGGCAAGUCAGUUGAGAAAAACUUUACUCAUGUCACGUACACCCUGAGUCUUCAAUCAGAGCCUCAGGCCAUUGGAAACAUUAUCCGAGAUCCAGUCAUCAAGCUGGAUUUCACGUGCAUCUUUCCAUUCAUCAGAACAGUCAGCCUGCCUUUUCCAAUUGAACCUAUAUCUAGUGAGGCGAUGGUGCGUGUCGACGAGCUAGAGGCGACCAUUAGGAUGAUGCUGUACAUGGAUCACAGCUACACGACAGCCUUCAGCAGUGCCCCCACUGUUGAGCUGGGGGACCAGGUAUAUGUUGAGGUGGCUGUGACAGAGCCCGCAGACUUUUUCCUUCUUCGAAUAAACGACUGCUGGGCCACACAGAGUCAGCAGGCCAAUGCCUCGGAGGGAUUGGUUCACAGCCUGCUUUUGAAUGGGUGUGUGACCGACGACACAGUUGCCUUCCACAGCCUACGUGAGGGAGAGUCUGGUCUGAACGGGCAGAGCUCCACCAUUCACUACAGCUUCGCCAUGUUCCGCUUCACAGUGGAGCCGCACUUGUUCUAUCUGCACUGCACCGUGCAGCUCUGUGACCCGGAUGACGGAAUAUCCUGCGCACCUAACUGCAAAUCCAUCACUAAGCGAGAAGCCGUGCAAGUGGACCCUGCCCAAGGCCUCUUGUCAUAUGGGCCCAUCAGAAUCGAAACGCCAGACAAACCUGUGUCUAACGUGGUGACGACUGUGGUGCUCCCCGUAGCAGGCGUCUGGGCCGUGGGCUUCAUCCUCACCCUCCUCAUCGCAGUGGCAAGAGCCGGCAGUAGGAAGAUUGCACAAACGGAGCAGCUUUGAUCAUUUCAAUAAAAUGUCAAAACAUU